UAGCUUGAGCACACAAUUCUACAUACCUUCUGAUCAUAAAAAGCUUUAAACUGGCACUUGAAGCAUGAGGGCUAGAGCUACAAGCAUGCAACUUUUUAUAAUAUUACUUGUGGUUUGGCUUCUAAAAAACCAAAUCUUGGAGAGCUAUGGAUGCCUCAGCGUAGAGCGCGAGGCGCUUCUCGCAUUCAAGUCCGGUGUCGUCGAUCCACGAAACUGCUUGUCUUCUUGGGAAGGCUCUGACUGCUGCAGAUGGAAGGGAGUUCGGUGCAACAAUAAGACUAGCAGAGUUGAGAAGCUCAUCCUUAGAUUGGCUUGUGGAACUUCCUCAGACACAAGCUACGGAGGUUUUGGUGGUGAGGUCAAUCCAUCAUUGCUAUCUUUAAGCCACUUGAAGCACUUAGAUCUCAGCAUGAAUAACUUUAGUACCAGUUUUCCUAAUUUCAUCGCUUCGUAUAAGAAGUUAAGAUAUCUUGACCUCUCUAAUGCGGGUUUUACUGGAAUGAUACCUCUUGAAUUCGGAAACUUGUCAACUCUUCGUUAUCUUGACCUUAGUAAUAGAUACUAUAACGAUAGUACUACCUCUCAUGGCAAACUAUCGUGGAUCAAAGGUCUCUCUUCUUUGAAGUACCUUGACUUGACCUUUGUGAUGCUACAAAAUGCAUAUGAUUGGUUACAAGCAGUGAACAUGUUGUCUUCAUUGCAAGUGCUCCGCUUAGGGAGUUGCUCUCUUCCAAGCAAUCCCGACCCCACUUUUGGUUUCAACUUGACAAGUUUGAGCACACUUGAUCUUCGAGAAAACUACUUCAACUCGACCUUGCCUGAUUGGCUAUGGAGCUUCACUAGCCUAACUGAUCUCAAUCUCAAUCAUAACAAUUUUUAUGGUCCAAUUCCUGUUGAAUUAGGCAAUUUGACUUCACUUACUUCCUUGUGUUUAGGAUCCAACAACUUGGCCGGCCCGGUACCGAAUUCAAUCAAGAACCUUUGCAAAUUAAACACUUUAAGUUUGUCAGGAUGCAAUCUAGAUAGAGAUAUAAUCGAAUUUUUGUCAGAACUCUCUUGCGUCUCUCUUAAUAAUUGGCGACUAUUGGAUUUGCAGAACACAAAUAUAAAGGGAAAUUUGUCUGGCUGGCUUGAACAUAUGACGAGUCUUAAAUAUCUCGAUGUCAGCAAUAAUUUCCUCAAUGGUUCGAUACCUGUAGGAAUAAAUAAACUAUCUAAUCUAGCUUUUCUUGAUCUUCAUGGAAAUUCGUUUGCUGGGGUUAUACUUGAAACUCAUCUUAUGAACUUCACAAGAUUAAAGUUUCUUCGGGUGAGCGGUACAUCUCUUGAGUUGAAGGUGGAGGAUAAUUGGGUGCCCCCUUUUCAAGUGCAAGAAUUAGUUUUGAGGUCAUGUCGAUUGGGUCCACGAUUUCCAAGAUGGCUCCGAUUGCAACAAGAAAUUGAAGUCUUAGAUUUGUCAAACAACUGGAUCGCUGGCACUAUUCCUUAUUGGUUUUGGGACAUAUCUUCAUCUAUCAGGAGCUUAGGCCUUUACAAUAACCAAAUUAGCGGCAUUUUGCCAUCUUCUUUGCGAAACAUGACAUCAUUAGAGGUGUUAAAUUUGCGUUCUAAUUAUUUACGAGGAUUCUUACCAUUUUUGCCUGAUUCUUUGAAAUGGGUUGAUUUCUCAAGCAAUGAGUUUUUUGGAUCACUUUCACAGUCCUUCUUCAAGCCAAACCUAAUAGGCGUUCUUUUAUCGAACAACUCCAUUAGUGAUGAUGGCAUCCCAUCAUCUAUAUGCAAUAUGCAAUCUUUGUCCAUACUUGACAUGUCGAACAACAAUUUAUUUGGUGAGCUGCCAAAUUGCUGGAAUGGUGUAUCAAAUAGUUUGAAUGUUAUAGACCUAUCCAGUAACAAGCUAUCAGGACAACUUCCUGAUUCAUUGGGCUGUGCCAGUAAACUUGAGUUCUUGCACUUAAACAAUAACAGCUUAUAUGGGGAACUUCCUUCGGCUUUACAAAAUUGUCCCUUAGUACUACUUGAUCUCGGGCAAAACAAGUUAUCAGGUGAGAUUCCUAUGUGGCUAGGAAAGUUAACAAAUCUUAUAGUUCUUCGGUUGAUGUCAAAUAUGUUUGCCGGCAACAUUCCUGCAGAGCUCGGACAACUUGAGAAUCUUCAAAUAUUGGAUCUUUCUUGGAACAAUUUAUCUGGAAACAUACCUCAACUUUUUGGUAGUUUCCCGGCGAUGGCUUCAAUCGAGUUAUCUAAAUACAUGAUUGAUAUACAUUGGCUUUACGUUAAUUUUUUUCUAGUACAAACAAUCUAUGGAUAUCGAUUCAACUGCAUGUUGUAUAAUUAUUCUAGUCAAAGAUUAUAUAUUGCAACAAAAGGGUCAAAUCUUCAAUUUUCGAAGAAUCUGUUCUUCGAGAAGAGCAUAGACCUCUCAGGUAACAAACUUGAUGGUGCGAUCCCUGCGGAACUAGCCGAUCUAUCAGCGCUGCACAAUUUGAACUUAUCAAGAAAUCACUUAAAAGGAAGGAUUCCUGAUAAGAUAGGAAACUUACAAUCUUUGGAGUCUCUCGAUCUUUCUAUGAACGAAUUAAAUGGAACCAUCCCCCAAAGUAUAACGGCCUUGAAAUCUCUGAGCAACUUGAAUUUAUCAUACAAUAACCUCUCAGGAAGGAUUCCAUCUGGAGAUCAAAUACAGACAUUGGUUGAUCCUACUAUAUAUGCUGGCAAUCCCUAUCUCUGCGGUCCCCCGAUUUCGAAGAAUUGCUCUGGAAAUGAACCGACAUAUACUCCUGAUGAGAAGAAACAGCACAAUGGUGGCUUGGAGAACAUAGAAAUUUAUCUCGUUAUGGGAUUGGGAUUUAUUGUGGGGCUUUGGGGAGUUUAUGGCGUCUUGCUCUUCAAAUCUGCAUGGAGAAAUACUUACUUCUACAUUAUUGACAAGAUGUACUACAAGUUUUUUGCUGGCAAUUGAGACACAGUAAGAUCAUCAUAUGUAUUAGAAGUUGUAGAAGUUUGUAUACAUACCAGUAAAGGUAUGCAAUAAUCUGUUGUAUGCUAAUCG